UCUGCAGCCGCUGUUAAACACAAGAAGUGGAUAAUGCUAGCAGCGUGAGGAUGGGAACCCAAGUGAAGGAUGUCAUCGUGAAGCCGGACGCUCCCAGCUCCCUGAUGCUGGACAAACACGCGGACUACAUCGCUGCCUACGGCGCCAAGAAGGACGACUAUGAGUACACGCUGUCAGAGUACCUGAGGAUGAGCGGGAUCUACUGGGGUCUGACGGUGAUGGACCUGAUGGGUCAGCUGCCCCGCAUGAACCAGGAGGAGAUCACGGACUUCAUCAAGUCCUGUCAGCACGAGUGUGGAGGCAUCAGCGCCAGCAUCGGACACGACCCCCACCUGCUCUACACGCUCAGCGCCGUCCAGAUCCUGUCUCUAUACGAUAACGUGGACGCGAUCGACGUGGACAAAGUGGUGGAGUACGUGAAAGGGCUGCAGCAGGAAGACGGCUCGUUUGCAGGAGACAAAUGGGGAGAAAUCGACACAAGGUUUUCCUUCUGUGCUGUGGCAACACUGGCACUACUGGGCAAGAUGGACAAAAUAAACGUGGACAAAGCCGUUGAGUUCAUCUUAAGCUGUAUGAACUUUGAUGGAGGUUUCGGCUGCAGACCUGGUUCAGAGUCUCACGCUGGUCAGAUUUACUGCUGCACCGGCUUCCUGUCGCUCACCGGGCAGCUGCACCAGGUGAAGGCCGACCUGCUGGGCUGGUGGCUCUGUGAGAGGCAGCUGAAGUCCGGAGGCCUUAACGGACGACCUGAGAAGCUUCCUGACGUGUGCUACUCAUGGUGGGUGCUGGCGUCACUGAAGAUCAUCGGCAGGAUUCACUGGAUCGACAAGGCCAAGCUGCGAGCGUUCAUCCUGGCCUGCCAGGACGAGGAGACGGGGGGGUUCGCUGAUAGACCAGGAGACAUGGUGGAUCCCUUCCACACUCUGUUCGGAGUCGCAGGUCUCUCCCUCCUCGGAGACGAGCUGAUCAAGCCGGUGAAUCCAGUGCUGUGUAUGCCCGAGGACGUGCUGCAGAGAGUCGGCCUGCAGCCUGACCUCCUGAGCUAGCACAGCUCCCCAACAUCACACACACAGGCACACACACACACACAAACACACACACACACACACACACACUGCCCUGCUGAGCACAGCCAUCACCCCUGCUGGAUGUCAGGAGCAGAGAGAGGACCACCACACAUCCUAGUCCACAUUUCACACGCAGGCUUCUGACUCUGCUCACGAAGGAGAAGGUGUGAAAGUCUCUGAGCUUUUCUGUCUUCAAACCCUCAACCACUCGUUAUCCAUUCACGUCAGGGUUCUACGGGUUCGCUGCGAGAAAAUGAUGAAUUUGAGAAAUGGUCUUAGACGGAGAUGUAACCUUUUGUUAUGAAAAAGGCCCGGAACUCAUUAAACAACAUUCCUUAACUUUUGUUCAUUAUGUCAGUUUGAAUGAAAACUUACCUGUGGCCCAGGAAACAGGUGUGGGAAUGUUUCAGCCUCUUUCUUGCUCUCGUCACCUUUUCAUCAAACCAAGGAAGUUACUACUGUCAUUAUUUGUUUAUCUGACCAGAGGAAGAGACGCUGCUUCUCCUUCCUCUUUCGUUCUGCUUGAUCUGAGGUAGAUUCAGUUUUUACUCGACAGUUUUGCACAUUUAACCUUGAGGGAGUUGACAGAUCGUGAGUGGGACAGAUCAGACGAGUUCAGCUCAAAGGUUCAAGUUAGGUUUUCUGUCAUCAUCUCUUCUUCCCCAGGACAACCUGUUCCUAAUUAAAUAACCUGUGCAAACUAUUAACUUUCUUCUCCUUAUCGUAGAGCAGUCAAAUCAACAAUGUGUUCCAAAUUGUAAUGGAUUCUCCCUUGAGUCGGUCCCCUCACCACAGAAUCUCACAGAAACCGGCUCAGUAGAUUUUGAGUCAUCCUGUCAUAGCGGAGUUAAUCACACGUCUCACAGCUGGAAGUACAACAACGGGACAUGUUGCAAAUAACAACAGUUCUGUUCAUGUCACUGUGGUUUUAAUAAGAAACUCUACAGAACAGAGAGAUUGUUACUUAGGAAAGUGUUGGAGGAAGGAGACAGGAGGAGCUGGAACACAUGAUGGUGUCUCAUCAUGGGAUCGUUUAAUGUCUUAUCCACAGGCUCAGCUGAUUUAAAUCCACGUGGAUCAGUGCUGGGUUGUGUUGCCGCUGUGGGCAGAGGGUUGUGUUUGUCUUCACUCUGUGUGUAGAGGAUUUCCAGUCUUAUGUUCAGAUCAAACUAAACAGAUUCUGUGAAAAUGACUUUUGAAAUAUUUAACAUUUAUGAGCUUUGUCAAACUUGUUGAUUUGCACUCGGACGUCCCUGUUGUUACGGACAGGAAGUGAAUCCGAUAUUAAAGCUUCAGUUCCCCUAUUUAACAUUUCUCAGCCUUGUGUAGACAUUGAAUUAAUGAUUUAAUCACAUUAUGAGGUUGUGGGUUUACACAUUAACACCAAUCAGAGGAGGUUUACAGGAUAAUAAAUGACAACACAGUGAAACACAGGUGUAAUAACAAAAUGUCUUCAUAGGAGAAGUUACACAUGUUGUGUUUAUGACUAACAAUCAUACAUCUAAAGUGUUAUAAACUAUUUGUUAAACGCCUGACUGAUGAAUAUUAUUGUGUUUUCGUUGCUAUGCAGAUUCGACUAAUGUCAUCUUGGUUUUAAGUUAUUCCUCAUUUCUGGAACAAAUGUGUCUAAACAAGAAUCUAAUGAUCCUGGAUUUGUGGACUGCUAUGAUUGUAUUUAUGUUUGUUUAUAUUUGAUUUCAUUUAUACAUAUGGAAACUUUAAAGGAUUAAAAAAAAUGAUAAUCUAAUGAUAAUAAAAUUGAAUCUAAUGCAAAAAUACAACCAUCUAAUUUAUCAACUGUCUCAACUGAAGCAAUUUGAUAAAAUAAAAUCAACACAAACAUGAGCUGAAACAAUAUUAGUGAAUAUAGACAAACGACUCCAGUAAAAAACGAUAAAAGAAAAACCUUCAUGUGAAAUAAAGUGGAACAAACAUCUGUUUACCUCUGUCUAAUGAUGACACAACAAAACAACUUCUUCUGAUCAGAGGUUCACAACCGUUUUGUAUCUGUAAACAUAAGUCACUUGUUUCAAGAGUAAAAAAACCAAACCCCUUAAGAACACACACACACACACACAGACACACACACACACACACACACACACACACACACACACACACACUGAACAGAGAACUCAUAACCUGAAACAUGAGCGUUUAACCUUCACUGAGAAAAAGCAACAGUGAUAAUAAAAAACAUUUGUACAAUAAUUUCAUAUUUCAGCCUUUUGCCACUUUUCUGUCGUAUUUAACUGUAAAGUGAAUAUUUCAGGGUUUUGGGUCAAAUCUUCAGUUCUAGAAAAUACCUGUCAAACAAUUAUAUACAGUCAUAUUUAACAGUGCAAGAUUAUUGCUUGGACAUAACCUAAAUAAUUGCCAAUAAAUUGAAUCAUCACUUGA